AAUGUAUGAAUCAUUUGAGAGAAACUGAGGGACCUCCGUGCGAAAAACGAGGUCAAAUUGCUUAAGUAAUCAAGAGAAACGGAGAAUCAGCCGUUCCUAUUUUAACGCCGCAGGCGCGGUAGAUCAGUGAUGGCGUAGCCGGAGAGCGCGCAAAUCGACCAAGUAACGCCUCUUCCCUUUCGAAGAUUUAUCUCAUUCGGCGCCGGAGCGCGUACGUGUCAUGAUACCAUUGCAUAAUCAUGACUAAGCGCAUAAAGAUUGAACGGAUAAUAGAGGAGGUGAACUGCACGGUCUCUGUAUUAUGAGUUGAUUGUUCAGUGGGAGCGGUGGAUCUGCUGGUGGGAGCAGGAAAGCACGAGACCAUCACGCUCGGACAUCAACUUGGCCAAUUGUGAUCGGCAGUGUCAGUCGAGCACGAAGAACGACAAGUGCGAAACAAAGUGUGCGCAUCUUCUUCCUUGCCGAGCGAUCAUGGGCGACGAAUAUCAAUUGAAGACGAUCGAGCUGCGCGAGCUGCAGCCGCUGUUGAGGCGUACGUUUGACGAUCGCCUGAUUGUGGUGCGUUACACUACGAAGAACCUCCUGCCGCCCGGCGAGAAUUACGGCAGCACCAUCCUGAGCGUUCACGCAGUCAUCAAGCGCGACGACGAUGCAGACGAGGAGGAUCUUCACCUUGUGGCGAAGAUGUCACCGCCGACGAAUUAUCAGCGGAAUAUGUUCGACAGUCCGUUCACCUUCAAGAAGGAGAUCUUCAUGUACGAGAACAUAUUGCCUUAUUACAAUCAAUUGGAGAGAGAGGCAGGUCUGCGGGAGGAUGAGCUGUUCGACAUAUUGCCGAAGUAUUAUCAGUCCCGGAUGUCACUGGACCCGGAAAUCGAGUUCGACGACGAUGCGGUUAUCUUGAUGGAAAAUUUGACUGCACGCGAUUAUUACGUCGGCGUCAGGGCUAAAGGCUAUGACCUCGAACACUCGAGAGUCGCGAUACGCGCGAUGGCGAGGUUCCACGCACUGGGCAUGGCGACCAAGGAGAAGAGACCGGAGCAUUUCGAGAUGCUGAAGAAACGCGCCAAGUGCUUGGACUUCAAGGUCAAAGACUUUGAGGAUGUGCACAAUGUGAUGCUGAACAAGAUGCAGGAAGAUCCGGACAUAGCCGUGCACAUUGACCGGUGCAAAGCGGUAUUGGACACCGCGAUCGACGAGACGAAUUCCCUCUUCACCGCCACGCCGGACGAGCCGUGGUCUAGCAUUAUUCACUCGGACUUUUGGGUGAAUAACAUUAUGUUCCAUCGGGACGAGGAGGGCCGUGUGGACGACGUCAAGUUCGUGGACUUCCAGAACUACCUGUUCCUCAGUCCGGUGCGCGAAAUGGUCUUCUACCUAUUUUCCAGCACGACCGAAGAGGUGCAGGAGAAUCAUAUCGACGAGCUGAUAGAUCUCUACCACGAGACGUUGAUAAGCGUGUUGGAGCGCAUGGACUGCGACACACGGCCGUACUCGAGGAAGGAAUUCGACGCGAAACUGCCGGGCGACGCCAAACUCGAAUUUACCCACGUGUGCUUUAUGCUCAAAGUCCUCACUUUGGACACGAAGGAGACGGAAUUCAACUACGACAAAAUAAAAAAUAUUAUGGUAUCAUACCGAGGCAAUGACGUGUUGCUCCAACGAUUACGCAUAGUUGUAUUAUAUUAUGUUAAACACAACUGGAUUUAAGAUGCAGAUAAUCCGCUCCCCGGUGCCAAAUGCAUUAUCUUAUUAAUGCGAAGAGUAUUGCAUUCCAUAUAGCAAUUAUUACACGUAACGCGACAUGUGUAUCGCGUUAUUCCGUAAGUCAUAUGUAAAACUGACGAUAUAGCGCAACUAAUUAACGUGAAUCGUGGUAUAUGAAUUUUACGAACUAGACAUAUAUAAGAAAAAAAA